CUGCCCAUGGCGAAUAUUUAACUUCUUUCUAUUCCCCCUUCUACUCCCCCUUCCUCCAUCCUCUCCUCUUCUCUUCUCGCCAUUGCCUUGUACUGCUACUGUCCCUUCUCGUUCGCUCUUCAUCUUUCUGCCACUUUAAGCAUCUUCUACCCUUCGAACCUUGCCUUCUCUACUUGACUCUACACUUCUUCUUGCACGGUUACCUGCUCCAAGUAUCCAUCGAAAUGGAGAAUCUUUACCACAACGACUCCCUUCCGAAUGGUCUUCGUCACCUGCAGCUUCGCACUACUGACGAGUAUGAAAAGUACCGCGUUCCCGUGGAUACCGUUCCUCGCCCGGGAUUCAAUACCACUGGCAAGGAGAUCGAACUCUCCCUCAAUGCCUAUCCCAUUCUAAAAUUCCCCAACAAGACCGUUCAUCAGUAUGAUGUUAAUAUCGGAAAUGGCAAGGAGUCACCUGCCCUGAUCAAAAAGGUCUGGAACUCGCAGGCCAGAAAGAACGUCCUUCGCCAGAUUAUCUUUGACGGAAGCAAGUUAGCCUGGUCCCUCAACAAUUACCAGGACGGUCUAAACGUCUUGGUCGACCUCGAUGGAGAAAAUAACCGUCCCGUUGGCAAAGUUCCAAAUGUUUUCCGCCUUGUUGUGCGUCGUACGAAGGCUGUCAACAUUUCCGUUCUCACCUCUUGGCUGCAGGGCCAGGCUCCUUUCGGAGAACCUGUUCUCGAAGCUAUGAAUUUCCUGGAUCACCUCCUGAGGGAAUACCCUAGCAGCAAAUUCCAUUCCAUUAAGCGCUCCUUCUUCGACGAGCACGGUGAUAACUUCGAUUUGGGCAAUGGUGUUCUUGCAUUCAAAGGCGUCUACCAGGCCAUUCGGCCCACUAUUCCUCGUCGCCUGGUAAUAAACAUCGACGUUUCGAACACUUGCUUCUGGGCUCGUAUCUCUCUUGUCGGUGCUGCCAUAGCCCUCUUCGAUGCCAGAGAUGCGCAGCACCUCAUCCACCUUCUCCGGCCCGUUAAAGACGGCUUCGGAGGUACUACGGAGUCGGAUGGGUUUUAUGAGUGCCAUCGCCGUUUGAAAAAAUUGAUUGUCCAGGCUCAUUACGGUGGUUGCCCCGUGCUCGGCAAAAACUUCCAAGUGAAGGGACUCAUCAAUGGAAGUGCCCGCCAGUACCUGAUUGACGUCAAGGAUCCGGCUACCGGGAAAAUCAACAAGAUGUCUGUUGAAGAAUAUUUCCACAAGAAAUACGACGUGUACCUUAGGUACUGGGAACUUCCCAUGGUUGAAAUGACCAAAAAAGGCGUCGUUUAUCCCAUGGAAGUCUUGACCCUCCAUGGUCUUCAAAAAUACCCCUUCAAGCUCACUGAGUACCAAACUGCAGCUAUGAUUAAGUACGCUGCUAAUCGUCCUGCUGAGAGACUGGAUUCGAUCACAAAAUCGAAAAAAAUGCUUGACCAUGCCAAUGACCCCGUGCUGAAAUCGUUCGGUCUUCAAGUUGAUAACAACAUGCUACGUACGAAGGCCCGCCUGCUCCCAAGCCCCGAUAUUCAGUUCGGUGGUAACCAGCGCAUCAAUGCUGGUACGAGUGGCCGCUGGGAUCUUCGAGGGAAGAAGUUUUUUCAACCUAAUAAGCGACCCCUCGAUUGCUGGGGUAUUGGAUAUUUCACCGGCAAGCGCGGCUCGAUCAACCAGGCACAGGUUACUAAUUUUACCGACGCCUUUGUGAAAGCUUACAGGAACCAUGGUGGAGAUGUCCCCAGGUAUCCUCUCCUUCUUGAGCUUAAAGAGGACAUCGGACAAGCCAUCAAGAGGCUCUAUAGUACGGUUGGACAUAAAUUUCAGAAGGAUCCCCAGUUGCUUUUGAUCAUUGUUCCUGACAAAAAUUCCUUUACUUAUCUGCGAAUUAAAAAGUCUUGCGACUGCCGUUGGGGAGUUCCAUCCCAAGUCCUCCAAGCCGGCCAUGCUUCUAAGGCACAGCCACAAUACUUAUCCAAUGUAUUGAUGAAGGUCAACGCGAAACUUGGCGGUACCACAGCUCGUGCAGUUCCCAAGGUGACCGAAGCGACUCUCAGGCCUCAGACGAUGAUUAUUGGCGCAGAUGUGACUCACCCUAGCCUUGGUGUCUGGGCGCCGUCGAUGGCAGCGAUAUCUGUUUGCAUGGACCAGUACGGAUGUCGUUAUUGGGGCGCCUGUGAGGCCAAUGGUGAACGGGUUGAGCUCAUAAAUCGUUCCAACAUCGAGAUUAUGUUGACACCUCUGAUCCGAGAAUGGAUGUCAACUGUCGGAGGGGGUCGCGCCCCGGACCACGUCUACUAUUUCCGUGAUGGUGUCUCGACCGGUCAAUUCGCCCAGGUCUUGGAAAGGGAGGUCCUCGACAUGAGAGCGAUCUUUAUGGAAUUGACUGGGCAACAGUGGAAAGGUAAGUUUACCGUUGUCAUUGCUAACAAAAGGCACCAUAUUCGGGCUUUCCCUAAGCCGAACGACCGCAAUGCGGCUGAUCGCAAUGGUAACCCCUUGCCGGGAACUUUGAUAUCUCGCGAUGUCACUAGUCCUUUUGAUUGGGAUUUCCUUCUGUACUCCCAUAUCGCGCUCCAGGGCACGUCUCGUCCAGUACACUACCAUGUGAUCUUGGACCAGAUCAAGCACAAGCCUCAGGAACUCGAGAAUAUGAUCUACGACCAUUGCUAUCAGUAUAUGAGAUCGACGACUUCUGUCUCACUCUUCCCGGCCGUCUACUACGCCCACUUGAUCGCUAAUAGGGCUCGUCAUCAUGAAGAUAUUCCUGCUAGCUCGGGUCCUCGGAGUGCUCCACAGGUGAAGAUUACCAAUCCGAAACCUGAAAAGCGACCGAUUGAUCCCCGUCUUCUGCCGAUUUACGGCACUUCGAACAGAUUGCCCUUCCAAAUGUGGUUUAUCUAGGUCUUUGCGGCUUCCUUUUUCUUGAAGUACGAUGCAGACUUCUGGCCUGAACUAUCACAUAAAUCGAAACAAGGGACCAUCUUUCUAUUGCACAUGCUUGGUUUCAUAGGGGCACAUGAAUGUUGUUUCCUUUUCACUUUAUCUUUCCGGAAACUGCUCAAAAAAGAACUUAACAGAAAGGGUCUGUUUUAGAAUGAUGGGUUCCUGGCAUUACGUUGAAUCAACUGCCCUGGGUUUUGACUCUAGCAGUUCUUGUUGAGAUUCGGAUCUGUAAAGACAGCCUCAAUCGUGAACUAUCAACUCUUAUUUAUGAGUUUUACAGAUCUGAAUGAACGUGACGUUCGUAGGCUAGGAUCUCACUUUUGUACCUUAGCAUUCGUCGGGCUACUAGCUAGGUAUCUUAAGAAUAUCGAAGGUUAAGGGAUUGUCA